ACGUCUAUAGUUUUUUUAAGCGGCUAACAGUAAACAUUUGUCGACUAAGUUGAAACAGCAGGGCAGAAUAUGCAGUUUUCUACUUGUAAAAUGUGGGUUAGAUAGAUUUUUAGUUUUAUACUUUAAGAACUCUUGAAAAUUCGGUUUUUUUAUAAAAAAAAUUUAUUGAACAGAAUACAAUGUCAGAUGAAGACUCACGUUCAGUUGGCGAACAGGCUGAAAACACAUCGACUUUUACACUGGAAGACACUGAAGGAUGUGAUACUGAACCCUCUGAGGUUCAGCAGGAGCCUGGGGCCAUUUCAAAGGAGUUCCCUGCAGACAAGUACUACAACUAUGAGGAGCUUCACUCCAGACCGACCAUCACACCUGACUCUGAAAUCCCAGAGAACCUCCUGCAUUUCUCUCAUUCCUUUGGAUAUGACAGCCGUCGCAGGUCAAAUCUGAAGCUGCUGGAUGAGACAACGCUGAUGUUUAUAGCAGGAAACCUGCUUGUUCUGCUGGACGUUUCCACCAAGCAGCAGAGAUACCUGCGCUCCUGCAGUGGAGGAGGAAUCGGGGCCUUGGCGGUGCAUCCAACCAGAGAGUUCUUUACUGUGGCAGAAAAAGGAAACCAUCCUAUCAUCGUAGUCUAUGAAUAUCCCUCAUUAAGACCGUGCCGCGUCCUCAGAGGUGGAACGAAGUGUAAGUUCAGCUGCGUAGACUUCAACCUUGACGGGAGCCUGUUGGCCAGCGUGGGCGGGGCCCCUGAUUACAGGCUGACUCUGUGGAACUGGAGGCAGGAGGAGGUGAUGCAGAGCUGCAAGGGCAUCUCACAGGAGGUCUACAGAGUCAGCUUCUCCCCAUACGACCCGGAGCGGCUCACCUCGUCCGGAUCGGGACACAUCAAGUUUUGGAAAAUCGCGACCACCUUCACAGGUCUAAAGCUGCAAGGAGUCAUGGGACACUUUGGGAAAACUGCAGCAACUGAUAUCGAGGGUUACGUGGAACUUCCAGAUGGAAAGGUGGUGUCGGGCACAGAGUGGGGCAACUUACUGCUGUGGGAAGGAAACACCGUCCGGGUGGAGAUAUGCCAAAAAGAGGAGCGGAACUGCCAUGUUGGGAUGGUCCAGCCAUUCAACCUGGAAGAUGGACAACUGAUGACAUUUGGUGCUGAUGGAGCUGUUCGGGUCUGGGACCUUGAGAGGAUCAACACAGCCAACAUCAGCGGCACCAGCAGCAGGUUUGAGAUGGAGCCCAUCAAUGAGCUGGUGGUUGGACACAACGUUUGGCUUUCUUCUGUGGUCAGGAGCUCCCUGCCUGACUCCUACAUCUGGUUUGUUCAGGAUUCUAAUGGAGCCAUCUGGAAACUGGAUCUCUCCUUCACCAACAUGGCUGCUGAUCCAGAGUGUCUGUUUUCCUUCCACUCCGGGGCGAUCCAGGGCCUGGAUGUGUCGAAGAAAUCCCACCUGAUGGCCACCACCACUCUGGACCGUUCAGUCAGGGUGUUUGACUUCGUGGCUAAUAGAGAACUCAUAACUACCCGCUUUAAUCAGGGAGGAACCACGCUCGGCUGGGCUCCACCUAUGGUUAACCAGAGCGGAGGGUUACUGGUGACUGGGUUUGAGGAUGGGGUGGUCCGUUUACUGGAGCUGUACAACCCUCAGAGGCUGCAGGGGGCUGCUGAGCGGAGCCCCGAGACAGACGCUCAGCUGCGCCUCAGACAGGCUUUCAAACCUCACAACGCUCCUGUUUCUGCUGUGGCGUACGAUCGAAGCGGAGAGAUCCUGGCCACAGGGAGUUCGGACUGCACCGUUUGGUUCUUCACGGUCGGGGAGUGGUACAACCCCAUCGGCUACAUCCAUGUUCCCGGGCCUGUCAAAGCACUGGACUGGUCUCCUAACUCCCAUAGUAAGAGCAGGCUGCUCAUCCUUUGUCACAACGGUCACGUGGUGGAAGUCUACAGUCCAGACCCAGGAGCUCAGGAGUCAUCCAAAACCUUCAAGCUCCACAAUCUGCCUAGGAGGUCCUUCAGGUUUAAGAGCAUAAAAUCCAGAAUCAAGAGAGAAGAGGAGGUCAAAAAACGUCAAGGAGCAAAGGAGAAGAAAAUGAAAGAAAGAGCUGAAAGGUUCAAAGAAAUAAGGGAGGAGGGUAUAGUGUUUCUGGAGGAAGAGGAGGAGGAGGAGAAGAAAGACCUGCCUGCUAUCUGCUUCCCAAAUCCUCCAAGUCCUGUCUGCUGUGGCUUCUACUCACAGCCUGGACAGUUUUGGCUCUCAAUGGGAGGCUUCGACGCAGGUUUCCUGUAUCACUGUAAGCUGUCAGAGGAUCAGGAUGAGGAUCCUCUGCAGCGCCAGGAUGAACCCUUCGCUUUCCGACACAUCAGCGACGCAGACGACAACCCUAUUUGCUCCAUGACUUUCAGCUCCGACAGGCAGCUGCUACUCUGCGGCAUGCAGUCCGGCUCCAUCAGGGUUUACCCUCUGCAGCCUGGAGACCACAGCCUCACCUCUAUGCAGGCUUACUGGGCUCUGAACGUUCACGACAACGAAUAUGGACACCUGCGACACGUGCGCUGCAGCCUUGAUGACCUGUUUGUGCUGACGGCCGGAGACGAUGGAAACAUCUUCUGCUUCUGUUUGCUUCCUCCUGAAGAGCUGCAGAAAACCCUGGGGACAAAGACCAAGAUUCCUUCACCGCGGGUGGGUCUGGAAAACGAGGCGUUGGCUCGGGACAUCGAAGACCCGACAGCUUACUGCAUUGAGACAGCCAAAAAGAAGAUGGAAAAAGACAACCUGCGCCGGGAGGCUGAGCUGAAGGAAGCCGAAACGCAGAGACGGCUGGUCGAGCUUCGGAGGAGAUUCAAACAGGUCCUGAACGAUAACCAGAGUCUGCCUGAGCACAUCCAGCUGAAACCAGAGGAACUUCUGCUGGACCGCCGUUUUUACGAACAGGCAGAGAAGCUAAAGGCCCGGAAGGUGAUGGAGGUCCGAAAGCAGAUGGCCUGGGAGCAGGAGCGCUGCAGCAUCGCACUGAGAAAGCUGCAGGAAUGGUCUGAAGGCUCCCUGCAAGCUGACAUCAUCACUGUUGUCGCAAUACGCAGCGACCAUAGAGUCUCCACGUACCGUCUGCCAGCGUUUCGCUGGGCUUCAACUCCGAACAAACCUCAGAUCAUAAACCACCGUAACGGAGACAGAGAAUCUGGACAGGAAAGGAGAAAACCCAGAGCCGACCCUUCAAAAGACAGCCAACAAACAGAGGACCAAUGUUUAGAAGAGGUCGUGCUGCAGCCCACUGUGGUUGCCAAAGCCAGGGUUAAACUGGGAGAUCGGCAGGAAGAGAAGCUCAGAAAGGCAGCAGAGAAAGCACAGCAAGCCCGAGCUAAAAUAGAGAGGAGGAAGCAGGAAUGGGCCCAGAUUUAUGCAGAGAAGCCGGAGGAAGACUAUAUGGAUCCAGAGGAUGUUCAGGCCAUUUUUGAAGCCAAGGAGAAUCUCGGCGAGUUCAUCAAGGGGAAACAGCUCAGGGUGAAUGCUGAGCUGAAGAAAAAACAGCUGGCUGCUUUGGAGAAAAAAAUCCAUGAGCAGCAAAGCAAGAUGAACAGAAGGAUCGUGGCUCUGCGUGACUCUAAGGUUCGCCUGGUGUCUUGGAUGGCAGCUCAGGCUCAGCGACUGCAGGAGGUCCAGCGGGGUCUCCCAGCCCACCGGCGUCAGCCGCCUCCCACCUUGGCCACCCUUUUACCUGAAGAAACCCUGGAGAGGAAGCUGCAGGUCAGCCAAGCCACCUUGGAGAGAUACCGGACACUGAGAGAGCAGAGAAUAAAGUGUGUGGAUCAGGGGGAGCAGGAGGAAGCUGUGAGUUUAUUGGAGCAGCUGGAGAAAGAAAUGAAGCUCGAGGAGGAGGAAGACAAAGAGAAAGGAGAAGAUGGGAGCUCCACAGUUUCUGCAGGAACCAGAUAUGACCAAGAGACACAGGUGGAGCUGAGUGAGCUGGAGGUGGAGCUGCAGAUGGAGGAUGAGAUCAGGAUGCUUCAUGAACAGAACUGUCUGCGCCAACAGAUGGAGAGCUCAGUUUGCCAGUUUGACACAGACCUUCUGCAGCUGUAUCGCCACAAGCUGCAUCUGGACAGCCAGAUGAAACUGGAUGACCUCCAGCUGCUCACGCUCUUCCAGGAGAUGAUGCUCCUGAAGCAGUUUGAGAAGAGGGAGGGAGAGCUGCAGGAGAGACUCAACGUCUGCAUUCAGGAGGAGAAGAACAUCUCGUUGAAGCUGGAGGAGUACAACGAGCUGCUGGAGCUGAAGAGGAGCAACAUCGCCAAGCUGCAGGAGAGAGAAAGCAGUCUGCAGCUCCGUGAGCGGAGGCUGGAUCUGGAAGAGCUGCUGGCGGAGGAGAAAAGUAUCGCCAAAUCUCUGAAGAAGGAAAUCGACAUGCUCAUCAAGAAGGACAAACUGGUAAGGACCAGCCGGCAGUCGGUGGAAACUGACUUGGAGUUAAUCAACCAGGAGAAGCAGCUGAAAAUGGACGAACUGGAUGUGGUGGUUCCUCUCAGACUGGAUCAGAUUGCUUUUCUCUCCAACGGCUCGAUGCCUUCUGACCUGAGGGAGGCGUCGGUGCUGAACCGGACCGAGCUGCACAGGCUGCAGCAGCUCAAACUGCAGCUGGAGGCAGAGAACAUCGAGCAGAAAGAUCUUCUCCGUCAGGCUCAACUGCAGCGGAACAGGCUGGUCCGUGAAGCGAAACACAAGGUCACCAGGAUCCAAGAGCUGGAGCUGGAGAGCAAUGAGCUACAGAUGAAGAAAUUCGGCAGGCUGGUGGAUCUGGAAGCUCUGCACAUGCUGACAGGGAGCAGGAGGUUGGAGGAGCUCAAACAGGAGAAGCGGCUCCUAGAAGCAGCUCAAGCUAAGGAGAUCAGACACUGGGAUGUGAAGAUUGAGGAGGCAUUGGAGGCGUCAACGGAAGCGAUGAAGACUCACAACGAGCUUCUCUACAAGUUGUCGACCUUGUACGAAGAGAAGAUGGAGCUGGAGAUCAAAAUCAACGCCAGGCAGAAAAAAUUGGGCAGGCAGCAGUUCCAGGACCACCGGAGACGUGUGAACCAGGACGCCAUCCAGCAGCUCCAGGAGCUGUUAAAAAAACAAUCACAGCAGGCUGAAGCUCUCCAGAAACGCAUCAGCCUGCUGUCCUCUAGAGGAGGACAUGUGUUGCCCCACAACUGUGCCCGACUGGCUCCGAUGACCCCGCUGCCCACCCCCACCAGUGAUAAAUCCAUACAAGGAGCCUCUAACUGGCCAGAACUCCACCAGUAGGUGGCGCAAGAGCAACGCAGCUAAUGUUAUAACGUUUUCUGCCAUAAAUAAAAUCGUACAUGAACAAAA